UUUUGUAGCAUCUCUAUUUUUAGCUACAUUUUCCAAGCUGAAAUGAAAAUUGAGGAAGUAGUGUGUUUCGUAUAGUAAAAGAAAUUUACAAUGGUUUCUAUGCAAUUUGUUUUGCAACCACUUCCAGGAACUGAUGAACAAUUUAUUGAUAGAAUACGAGAGGUAUCUGAUAAAGUCAACCGCUUCGGCUCUGGCACUCAUCGGAUUUUUGAGCAGCUGAAAAUACCAGUGAAAGAAGUGGUGAUUGGUCCCAAUCAUCUUGGAGUUCUUUUGGAAGAUGGAAAGGCAUUUCGAGUAGCGUUUUCAAUAAACUCUGAAAAACUUGAUUUGACUAAAUCCGAUAAUAAAUGUACCGCAUCGGGUGGAGUCGCAGCGUCCAAUGGACCAAAAGUGCCAUCUUCAUCACGUCCAAUGCCUCGGUCCAGAGCUCGGCUUCUUCGAGCAACAGGAAGGACAGGCUCAAGUGGACAAGGAUCAGGAUCAAGAAGUACUGGUGUAAUAAUUGGUGGUAGUUCAUCCAGUCGACCACUAGUGACUGUCCCAACCACAUAUGUGCCUGAAGAACUUAUAUCUCAAGCAGAAGUUGUCCUUCAAGGAAAAAGUCGAAAUCUCAUUAUAAGAGAACUUCAGCGCACAAAUCUUGAUGUGAAUUUAGCUGUCAACAAUUUACUUUCACGUGACGACGAAGAAGCUGAAGAUACUGAAGAAGGAGGGGAUAAUUAUGUUCCUGAAGACCUUAUUUCCCUAUUAGACAAUGGAUUUUCAGGCGACAAUAGCAGUGUUAUAAUAGAUCCCUCUGACGGUCUUUUCUCAGAGGAAAUUUUCAGUAAUUAUUCCAGUAUCAGAAAUUUGCUUUUCGAUCGUAUUAGAAGUGAACGGACUAACGCCAACUCAUCUGGAGCAGACAACAAUCAAUCUAAUCGCUCAUCUUCAUCAAGUGGUGUUAUAACGGGAAGCGGAAACCUUUCUGGACAAAUGUCUUCCGCUAAUGCUGAUCGAGAAGCGUUUAGCCGUUGGCGGGAUCGACAGUAUUAUGGACCAAGACGAUGGAUUAAUAAAGAUGAUUACACAUGGGAUAAGGAGACAGAUCAAAAAAAGAAAGAACCUUCAACGAUGCCAUCACCAAUUUGGAUAUCUGAAGAAUGGCAGCCAUGGCCUGAUAAAAACUCAGUUCGUUUUAAAACAAUUGGCGCUUUAUAUUCCGAGUUUAUUGCACUUUCGGAAAAUGGAGAAUUACAUCAAUGGCGCUGGUCAGAUGUGGAACCUUAUAAAUGUGAUGCGGAAAACGUAUUUCAUCCAAAGUCCAUGUCACUUAACAUUGUUGAAAAAGUUGAGCUUAUAUCUGCGAAUUUCAUAAGAUGUUCGAUUGUAACUGAAACAAAUCGAGUCGCCACUUGGAUGGAUGAACAACUGGGUUAUUUAGGAGCAAAAUUAGAGCACACUGCAACAGCUUUUAAUGAGUUCAACAUCGAUCCGAUUUCAACAAUCCACGUGUGUUCCUUAUACACUGCGGUUCGAACCGAUAAUAACAACAUUUAUUGGUGGGGAGUACUACCAUUUGAUCAACGGCGAUAUUUGUGGGAUAAGUUCCGAACAAAAACCAAAAAACCAUUCAAAGUGGUUGCAGCUGAUAUAAACGUAGGCUCACAAGUUAUAAUGAAGAAGUGUCCCAUUUACCAAACUGGAUCAAUUGGAUUCACCUCCACAAAUGGUGUUCCAAAAGUUGGACAGUUAUUAAAUUCAGUGUGGGAUUUCUCAGAUGUUUGCCGAAUGAAGAUUCUAAACAUCGGUACAAAUUUGGCAUCGGAUAAAAGUCAGGCAGCAGCGGUUAUAUCCAACACAGAUAAGGAUACAUCAAAGCCUGCUCAGCCUGUGCAAUCUACAACUUCCAGCAAGAGUGGACAAUUAUGUUCAUCAAGCAAGGAAACAACAGAUCGUAUCGAUAUGCCGCCCCCGCCUUCACCAGCAUCUAGUACUUGCAGCGAUACAGGUAGUGUCUCAUCACACAAGCGAACUAAGCGAAUGACAGCUAAGGAGGAUAGUACCAAUUGUCAAGAAGGCAGAAAGGAUGAGGAAAUAUGGCAACUAAAAGAUGUUGUUUUCGUGGAGGACAAAGUGGGCCCGAUUGGAAAAGUUCUUAAAGUUGAUGGCGAGUAUGUAGCAGUCAGAUUUCCUCAACUAAAUUCCUCCAAUAACAUGGUGAUGGGAACUGCUACAAAGGAAGAAGGAAAAGAGGAUGAUUGGCAACUAUGUCGACUACUGCGACGUGAAGACGUGCAAGUGUUUAGGUCAGCAGCAUCAUCACGUGGUCCAGAUUGGCUCCAAAAGCAACCGAAGAAAAUUAAUAUUAGCGCUGAUUUAUCUAACUCGCAACUGCUUACAAUAGCGGUCGAUACGCGUGGCAUUCAUGUCAUCAAAAAAGUAUUUGGCAAAAUUCAUUACAGUCUAUAUAAUCUGUAUAAUAGCAAACAAGAACAAAACUGUCAAUUUCCUACAGACUGCAUGUCAUUUUUGGGUACAUCUGUUAGUAACAUUGCAAUGUCAUGCAAUAAUGAUUGCAACGGCAACAGUAGUACAAUAGUGCUCCAAGAUGGAAACGGUGCACUUUAUCCACUAGCAAAGGACUGCAUUGGUUCAAUUAAAGAUCCUCAAUGGUUUGAUUUGCCACCUGUUAAAGCUGUUACUAUGGCAACUAUUUCGUUACCCCCAUCACCAUCAUGCAACAAUUUAAAAUCAAAAGUUUGCAUGACGGCGCUACUUUUUGUAAGCCAAAAAUUAAUGCCGCAUAUAUUGCGAUGUGAUGUGAAAAACUGCAUAGCUGUGCUAAAACGUCUUGAACAAGAAGACCGUAAAGAAGCAUUAUCUGUUGUAGAAGAACAUUGCGAUGGGAAUAGGAACAUAUUUCAUGCAUGCGUCAUAAUGUGUUCGCCAACAUCCAAUAAGGAUUCUCAAUAUUCUUCACAAGAUUUCGCCACUACUAAUUCCGAAAAAAAAAAAAGCUUUGGUUCUGGGUCCGGGGCUUCGGUACCACGAACGGGGUCAUCGUUAGCCUACGGCAGCGCUUUUGCAGGAAAUGGAAGUAACUUUAACGAGACUUCCAGUUUUGCGACAGUAUCAGCUGGCGGUAUUAGCUCACCGUCUACGUCUACGUCUAGGGAAAAUCGAAUCAGUCUGCGUGACAUGAUGCAACGUCUCAUCAAUACUGAACAGCAGUCGGACCAAAACAAUCAACAUCCGUCAACAAGUGCUGGGGAGGAUCAUGCCUAUAUCCCAAUGCCCUGGACAGUUGACUCCGGCGGAACUGCCAGCAACCUCAGCACCACAGCAGCACCUCAGAGUAUAACUGAUAUUGGUGAUGAUGGUGAUCUUUCGAAAAUCUUACCUUCGUCAUCGCAGAGUAAAAUGGCAAGUCCAAAUUAUACAUUUGAUGUUAUACAACGACGCGAAUACGCCAUCGUUAUACUUCAGCAUAUGUGCUCGAGUUCUGCGAUGCGCCCCUAUCUCUAUCAGAUGUUAAGUGCGAAGGAUGCUCAGGGUCAAACGGCGUUUAUGUUAGCCGUUUCAUCUCGUGCGUACGAAGCUGGUAUAAUUCUUUUGAAUACAAUUCUGAGUGUUGCGGAUCAAGAAUCGCAGUUGAAAGAUGCCAUGAUUUUCCCAACUGGGUCUCCCCCAGAUCAAUCACCGUUACAUGUGAUAUGUUACAAUGAUACAUGUUCUUUCACUUGGACAGGAGCGGAUCAUAUCAAUCAAAAUAUUUUUGAAUGUAAAACAUGUGGACUAACUGGUUCUCUAUGUUGCUGUACUGAAUGCGCCCGCGUUUGCCACAAAGGUCAUGAUUGUAAACUUAAACGCACAGCGCCGACAGCAUACUGUGAUUGCUGGGAAAAAUGCAAAUGCAAGGCUCUAAUAGCUGGUAAUCUUACUAAGCGUUUUGCAUUGCUUUGUAAACUGGUCUCUUGCACUGAUUUGGUUACCAAAUUUAAUUCCAAAGGCGAAUCGAUAUUAUUAUUCCUCAUACAGACAGUAGGUCGUCAGAUAAUAGAGCAACGUCAAUAUCGUUUUAACGUUAGAGUGCGCAAUAAUGUUGUUGCUAAUAAUACUGGAAAUGCAAAUGGUACCAACACUGUCAUAACAAACCGAAAAUCUUCAUCUCUAGACGUCGAUAGUGAUAUGCCAGACCAUGAUCUUGAGCCUCCGAAAUUCGCAAGAAAAGCGCUAGAGCGGCUAUUAAUCGAUUGGCAAGCUGUGCGCUCUAUGAUAAUGAGUGGAGCCGAAAGAAACGAUCCUCCAUCUAAUUUACAAAAUGACAGCACGAACUCGGAUUCCUUUAACGUUUUUAUGCAGUCUCAGCAAGGAUCCACAUUACUAGACAAGUUUACACAUAAUUUGAUUGUAAAAUGUACCAAUGAUCAUCUAGAUACGCUGUUGCUGACUUUAGUGCGCGAACUACAAAACUAUGUUAUUGCCGAUCGCUGUAAAGAUGCCGAGGAAGUUGCACGACGUUUUGUACGAUCAGUGGCCAGAGUUUUUGUUAUUUUUAAUUUAGAAAAACAGCCAAAUCCAGAGAAACGCAAAAGUCACACGUCUUGCAAUAAAUAUGUUCAAAGUUGCGUUAAGGUGUUUCAAACGCUCCAUAAAAUUUCUAUUGAAGAAUUGUGUGAAGUAUCCGAGGCUCUAAUUGCACCAGUGAGACUUGGUGUCGUUCGUCCUACUGCCCCAUUUGCCAUGUCCUCAUCUAAUCUUGAUAAUUCUGAUGAUUUAUUUACUGUUGAGCCAUUAGCUCCCUCCAAUAUUGAAAUUAAUUCCGAACAAAUUGUGCACGAUGCAAUCAAUGCUCAGAAUUCGAAUUUUAGUGGGCAACAAAAUUACGAUAUAGUUGCCAUUGAUACCCUUAGAGACCCAUCAGAAUCGGAAGAAAUUCCUAAUCGAGAAAACAACUUAAGUAGCCAAGACGAAGACUUAAUAGAGAGUCAAAGAAAUGAAGAAGCUAUGCAGGAUGAUGAAAGCGACAACGAUUUUACAUUUAAUGAUGCAGAGACAGAGUCGGACUCCGAUGACAACCAGAGCAAUCAAGAUGCUCAAAGAAGUGGUCAAGCUGGUACCACUGUUGGAUCAGAAACAGAUAUUGGAGUUCUUUUCUUGGAAGACGAGUCUGGCGAUUCCUCAGCUCAAGAAGAAGAAGGGUCAGAAGAUGGCGAAUCGGAUGAACAGUCGGAUGAAUUUAGUUUCAAUGAUCAACAGCUCGAACGUCGCAACAUAAACUCGAAUGCACGCAAUGAUCUCACCCCACAAACAAUGCAAUGGGCAAUUAGAAGUCGCGAAAAUACUCGACCAUCCGUUCGCGUUCCAACAGGAUCCAAUCUCGUAUUCAUUGAUCCUAUGGCAUUACGACGGACAACGGUGCCAGCUAGUAGUACUACUGUUAAUACACCGACAACCGAGUCUCAUACAAUGGCAACAACGGCAAGCAACUUGGGACGAGCUUUUGGUAUUACAAUUCGUCAAAUUUCCGAACUCUUGGGUAUUAUGACAUUCAAUAUGAUGAAUGAUAUAGAAACUUCACUCAAAAUCCAUAUUGGGGAAGCCAUAGCCGUUCAGGCAUUUGUUGAAAAGCGGUUGAAACCAACUUGGGACUGGAUGUUUACAGUCAUGGACGGUACAGAGGCACAGCUGAAAUUCGGAGCCUAUUUGGCGAACUACACAGAUCCAAAUCAUCCAUUACAUCCGCUUAAUCUAAGUGCACAAGCUACAUCAAAUCAAUCACCUUCUACUCCAAAUACCGCAAACGUGGGAGUUAAUGUAAUUGGAUCAAGUUCCCGACGCGAUUUCUUUACUUAUUGUCUUUCAUUAAUGCGCGCUCACACUUCAGAGCAUAGAGAUGCUCUUCCCGUUUUAGAUAUAACCGCAUUGCGGCAUAUUGCUUACGUGCUUGAUGCAUUUGUCUUUUAUAUGCGUAACGACACUAGCUUUUAUGAUAAAAACGAUUCUAUUUCUGGACGCGUUAACAAUUUGGCGAAUUCAGUUGAAAAUUAUGAUACUGAUGAAGAACUAAGUAAUCUAGACGAUUCAAAUGUUGAUAACAGACAAUGUCAUUUAAAUGUAAACACACGAAAGCAUGCAUUUUUUACCAGAUCUGACUCAACUCUCAGCUUGGGUUGCUCGGCGCCUGAUGGAUUUGAUUUACCUCUUGACAUGGCAAUGCCUCUUGCUGAUAAGCCACACUUGUUACAACCAAAUUCAAAACGACAAGAGCUGUUUGCUAAUCUGCCAUUACAUAGUUCCGUUACUGGUUCAAAAAGCCAUACUAAAUGUAACAUAUCCCAUCAGCGUUCCAUUGAUCAACCACCCACACGUCUGGGAUUUUCGAAUUUUAUGAAAAUAGAUGCUCAAAAUAGAAAUAAUGUAGAAAUGACAUCUACUAUGUCCGAUUUGAGUACAAAAAUUACGGAACCGAAGGAGGAUACUUCCUCAUCGUACAUGGAUGGUGAUACUGCAGAUUCAAAUAUAUACAUACAGUUAAAGAAAAAACAGUGCUUAGACGACUCUAAAUCACAUGAAGUUAAAGGCAAUAAGUACAUUGGCGAUUCAGAUGGAGGAGAUAUUCAAAUGAGCGAUGAUACCGCGGGACCCAGUAAAUCGGAUCUUUUGCUAACAACUCGUCCCGAGGUUAUUAUCGCACCUACAAAAGGACAAAUCCGUAGUGGAGUUCUAGAGGAAGUCGCACCAUUACACAAUUCUAUGUCAGUAUCUGCGGUUCGCAGCGUAAUCGUCAGAGCUGGAGCUUCGAUUUUAAAAUCGGAAACGGAUGAAAAUAAUGAAUCCGAACUUUGUGCAUCAUCUUCCGAAAAUCAAAUGGCUCAAAAACACAAAUGUGAUAAUAGUCGUGAGAAGAUACAAAAUCAAACAGUAAUGUUUCCAUUUCGUGGAUCAUUAUUUUACAAGAGCAAUUCUUCAGAACUGCCAUCAUGGAACUUUCUGCUGAGCCGUUGGAAGCUAGCACUUGAUCUUUUCGGUCGAGUGUUUAUGGAUGAUGUUGGUAUGGAACACGGUUCUGUUUUGCCCGAAUUGAGAGGCUUUCCAGUUAAGGAAAUGCGAUUCCGACGUCAUAUGGAAAAACUUCGUAACGGGCAACAGCGUGAUUUGGUACUCUGUAAGCUCGAACGAAACCGUGAGAAUUUAAUAGUUCAAACUUUUAAGGAAUUAAAUGCUCAAUUUGGUACACAAAACCGUCGGACUCAGCCACCCAUAACAUUCAACCGAGUUAAAGUUACAUUCAAGGAUGAACCAGGUGAAGGAUCCGGUGUAGCCCGUAGUUUCUAUACGUCUAUUUCAGAAGCUUUAUUAGCAAGCGCAAAAUUGCCAAAUUUGGAUUCAGUGCAAGUCGGAAGUAGUACGCAAAGUAAAUACGGUGUUCCAUUUUCAAGUAUUCUCCGAAGUCGAACUGUAUCGGGGUCUAGCCGUGAUCCUCCCUCUUUGCAGCGGCGUGGUACCGGCAGCAAAAUAUUAUGGCGCACUGCACGUGAACGAAAAUCUUUAAACAUUGAUGCUAGGCCAUACGUGCCAGCAGGCAACACAGAUAACACAACUGAAAGCCCAAAUGAUCAUUUGUCCGUACAUCUACAACAGUUAGGAGAACGUUUAUUUCCCAAGAUCCAAUCGAUAAACUUAACGCAUGCAUCGAAGGUAACCGGCAUGCUUCUAGAAAUACCAACUCCCCAACUGCUUUCGGUAUUAUCUUCAGAUGAAACACUAAGGCAAAAAGUCAAUGAGGCAGUUGAAAUAAUUUCGUUCAAGCAGAAGUCGGAUAUGCAUAUGCAAAAUCAACAAAAAAAGUCACCAUCUGCAGGACUUAUUGAUUCAAUUGAAGAUGACAAUGAGCCACUGUUUUACUCGCCGGGUAAGCGUGGCUUUUAUACUCCAAGGCAAGGACUGGCAUCUUUUGAACGCAUAAACGCAUUUAGAAAUAUCGGCAGACUUAUUGGACUUUGUUUAUUGCAAAAUGAAUUGCUCCCAUUGUUUCUUCAAAGACAUGUUUUGAAAUACGUGUUAGGACGGAAAAUCAAAUUUCAUGACCUGGCAUUUUUUGAUCCCGCAUUGUAUGAAUCAUUUAGACAAAUCAUCCAAAACGCAUCAACAAGAGAAGGUGAAGAAAAUAUUAACCGAAUGGAGCUUAGUUUUGUCAUUGAUUUAAUGAAGGAGGAAGGUUGUGGCAACCGUGAAUUAAUCCCAGGAGGUCGCGAUGUACCCGUAAGCUCAAGUAAUAUAUUUGACUAUGUAAGGCGUUAUACAGAGUAUAGGCUUAUUAAAUCACAAGAAAAAGCACUCGAGGCUUUAAAAGACGGUAUAUUCGAUGUUUUGCCAGACAAUUGCAUGAACAGCUUAACAGCAGAAGAUCUUCGAUUGCUUUUGAAUGGAGUCGGCGAUAUCAAUGUAUCAACAUUGAUUUCUUAUACCACUUUUAAUGAUGAGUCCAGUGAAGGACCUGACAAACUUUUAAAAUUUAAGAGAUGGUUCUGGAGUAUUGUGGAAAAAAUGAAUACUUUGGAGCGUCAAGAUUUGGUAUACUUCUGGACUGGGUCCCCGGCACUACCAGCAUCUGAAGAAGGGUUCCAACCUUUACCGUCAGUUACUAUACGACCCGCAGAUGACUCACAUCUUCCUACUGCAAAUACUUGUAUAUCUCGUCUUUAUAUACCAUUAUAUUCCAGCAAAUCAAUAUUACGUAGUAAAUUGCUGAUGGCCAUUAAAUCUAAAAACUUUGGAUUCGUUUGAGCAAAUUAACAUUUCCCAAUUUAUGUUGAUAAUUUGAAUAUUAUGAGUAUUUGAAAUAUGACUAUUCCGCAUUUGUGACCAAUAACUUAUGUAUGUUCUAUAUCCAUUACCCAAUUUUUUCACUUUUUAUACAAAUUUUAUUAUUUUUGUUUAAAGAUCCCCGUCUAUAAUGAAAAAAAAAAUAUGAUCAUUCCUGGAUACAGUUCGACUGGAUACAAAUUACUAGGAAAAUGUUAAAAAGAACAAAGAUAAAACUUUAGAUGCUAGGGCAAAUUUGCUUCUAAUUUUACGAUCACUUUCAUAUAAGAUGUAACACAAUAUAUAAAUAUGUAUAUUAACCAGGGAAUAAAACUUAAAUGGUAACCAUUAUCCGAAAUAUAA